UCUCUCGGUCCGUUGGUGUGGUCGUAGCUUCAUUUAAUCGCGUUCUUUAUCUCUCUUGGACAACAGAUGUUUCUGACAAAUGACAGCUGUGUGGAUCAUUACGCGGCGCGUAUAUUUUCUGUAACUUUUUUCCCAAUUGCACUGAUCCAUGUCGAGCACGUUAAUUUCUGGGAAUUAAUUAACAUCAUCUCUUCCCGCUGAAGAGCACACUUCACUUGUCCUCAUGGAUAUUUAUUCCUCUAAACUAUCACCGGCUGUGGAUUAUGGAGUUGGGGCGUUCCUGCUGCUCAUUGCAAUUCUUUCCAUCGUGGGGAACUUGAUGGUUCUUGUGAUGGCGUACAAGCGGUCAAACCACAUGAAGCCCCCAGAGUUUCUAAGCGUGAAUCUUGCUGUGACAGAUCUGGGAGCAGCCGUCACAAUGUACCCGCUGGCUGUAGCCUCAGCUUGGAACCACCAUUGGAUAGGGGGAGACGUCACCUGUGUGUACUACGGCCUGAUGGGAUUUUUCUUUGGAGCAGCUAGCAUGAUGACCCUGACAAUUAUGGCUAUUGUUCGCUUCAUCGUGUCUUUAACGCUCCAAUCACCCAAAGAGAAAAUCAGCAAAAGGAGCGCAAAGAUACUUGUGGCAACCACAUGGCUGUACGCUCUAAUCUGGGCUCUUUUCCCUCUGAUUGGAUGGGGAAAAUACGGCCCAGAGUCCUUCGGCCUGUCCUGUACUCUGGCCUGGGGGGACAUGAAGGAACAAAGCCAGUCUUUUGUCAUUACCAUCUUCCUCAUGAACCUCAUUCUCCCAGCCAUCAUCAUCAUGUCGUGCUACUCUGGUAUCGCUCUGAAACUAUACGUCACCCACAAGUCAAUGGACGACAGCAACCACAUACCCAACAUGAUAAAGAUGCAGCGGCGGCUCAUGGUGAUCGCUGUGUUGAUCAGCAUUGGCUUUGUCGGCUGCUGGGCGCCGUAUGGCAUCAUAAGCCUGUGGUCCAUCUACCGGCCUGGUGAUUCAAUCCCUCCUGAGGUCAGCAUGCUACCGUGUCUGUUCGCCAAGACGUCCACUAUAUACAACCCUUUCAUCUACUAUGUAUUCAGCAAGAACUUCAAACGAGAAGUCAACCAGUUGAGCUGCCUCUGCAGGAGAUCCAACAUCUGCCGUACAUCCGAUGCCAAAAUCGACCCGGAGAAUACCAUUUUUCUGGUGUGUGACCCAAACAAGUCCAAAGCUGGAGCAGGGGAACAGUCAUUAGAGAAGAGCAAGGAGAAUGAGACUCAACUUAUGCCGAAUCAGUAGGAUCUGUGACUUGCACUCUUAUGAAUGAAUAUAUACAGAAUAUUAGUUAACAGGAACUUUUGCCUGGUUAAAGUCACCAUGAAAUCAAAAGAAACUUGUUUUUUUUUAUGUAAUAUUACAGUAUUUAUUAUAAAUGAUUUUUC